AUGCCUUCAGGCCAACCGAGUUUAGGUCUGACAGCUCUCAAGGUCCUCGCAAACGCUGUUACCUGGCCUCAAGCAUUUGACGGUGUAAUCUUCUGCAUUGUGGCUCGAAGGAUGGGCUGCCCCGUCUCUCCUGUGAAGUCUGUUGCAUGUGAAGAAGAUGGGAUUGUCGCGGGUGUGAAGCUAGUGCCUGAUCCUUCCCUACCCGUCGAAUUUGACCUGAACCUCAACCAAACCACAAAACUCUUUUGA